AUGGCGUUCUUGGUGCCUGGGGCGCUGGUGGAGGUGUCGGGCCAGGUCGAGGAGGUGGACAGCGGCCUUCAGAGCCGCGGGGUUUGCAGCCUCCAGACCUUCGCCCAGCUCCAGCGCUGCCUGCCCGACGGCCGGUGGUUGGCCUUGACGCAGGAUGGCCGGUUUGUGCGGCUGGACCGCGACCUUACGCCGUGCCAAAGCCCGCCGGAGUUUGUGCUGGGCCCGACCAGCGAUGCCGAGGUCUUGGCUGAGGCUUUGUCUUCCAAGCUGAUCCUGGAGGGCUACUGCGUCCUGGAGGCGCUGGACGCGAAGGACCAGGUGGAGCGCAUGCUGCGAGCGGCGGAGGCGGACCUGGAGUUGUCCCGUGUGCCGCUGGAGUUCGAGCCCUACUACUUGGGCCUGGAGAGUCGGGAGAAACACGGGCUCAUUGACUUCGAGGAUGCCUCCGACAACUUGGUCCGCGGCUUCGAAGACGAGGACACCAGGCUCACGCGGCUGGGUGACGCCAUCAGCUCCAAGCUGAAGGCGCAGCUUGGGAUGCGCAUCACCGGCAGGACCAACUUGAUGGUGAGGCAAACCUUUGCCGACGCCGAGGAGGAGUCCUGCUUCAAGGCUGGCGUUCCCAGCAGCGCCGACCGGCAGCAGAUGAUGACUUUGGUGAAGCGGAGGCGGCUGUGCAUGAUGCACUUCCUGGGCCCCAGGACCGGCACUUUGAGGCUGAUCCCUAAGACGGGUGAAGAGAUCCGGAUCGAGGCGGCGCCUGGGAAACUGGUGCUCUUCACCACCGAGCGUUUCAGGUACAGCCACACUUGCGAGGGCGCCACCACGACUUUGCAGACCUGGCUGCUUGGGCAGUGCCCACAGUAUAUGAUGCAGAGCUUCGGUGGCGACAUGACGGUACUGGCUCCGCUAGCAGAGAAGGGCCUGGCCCCACCCAAGGGAGAGAACGUGAUGGUCACCGGCAUUGCGACAUGCAUUGGAGGUGACUCCAAGGAUCACAAGUGCUACUGGCUGAUGUUCAACAAGGCAGGCACCGACACAGCGGUGCAAACACCCAUCUCGCGCUGGGAUAUCAACGAGUACACUGCAGAUCUCCCGAUGCAAGACGCGCAGGCGAUCGGCAAGAGCUACACUGCGCACCAGGCCGAAGCCUUCGACGCCGAGCCUUCGCAGCGCGACCGGACAGGCGGACGUGCGAAGCUGGGGACACUGGAGCUGAACUGGGAGCUGCUAGGCGAACGCCCGGAGGUGGUGAUCACCCCACGGGGCCAAUCAGAUCUCAGGGCUGCCCAGAGCCUCGGGGCUGCCCUCGCGGGAGCAGGCCUGGGUGUGCUUCUUUGGGACCGGCGCGGCACUGGCAGCUCGAGCGUCUGGGCGAGCUUGACGCAGCCAUCGCUGCCUGAGCAGGAGGUGGAGGACCUCAAGUCCUUGCUGGACUCCUUCAGUCCACAGCCGUGCCCCGUUUUGCUGGGCCUCAGCUCCGGCGGUCGCCUCUCCGCGCUCUUCGGGCGGAAGUACCCGGAGCGCACCAAGGGCCUGUGCCUGCUGCCGACUGGGGAUGCCAAAGGCAUAGCGCAGCGUUUGGCGGACGCCUACUACGGGGACUACGUGGAGCUAGCGGAGCAGGGGGGCAUGGAAGCUGUGGUGAAUACGGCGGCCAGCCACUUCAACGGCUUGGUGUCAAGAGAGGCGCUUCUCCGAGUGGACGCCGCGGAGUUCAUCUCCGCCAUGAAUGCCUCGCGCCACUUCCUCGGCAAAAGUCCAGGCUCGCCUUUGCUGGGCCUGGGCUUGGAGGAGCUGAAGGAGUUGCCAAAGCCGACGCUGAUCCUGCAUCACGGGCUGCAGGACGACCACCUCCACACGCUGGAAGAUGCGCAGAACUUGGCCAGACACGUGCAGGGCCAGCUGGUAGUCGAGGAAGACCUGGAUGCCUUGCACACGAAGCUCGCCCACUUCGUCAUGCGGUGCUAG